UUGCACAAGACGUUAUGUGGCUGGUUCACUUUCUGCUCGUCGCUUUGGCGACGGGGGCUGGAGCAGACAACGUCGUCAGAAAGGACGUCAGUCAUCUCACGGAUGACGAGGUGCAAGCUCUUCACGGCGCCCUCCAUGACCUCACUGAAGCAACAGGGCCAAUGAGUGUCAGAGAAAUAACAACCUACCAUGCUGCGCCCGCCUCGUGUGAGUACAAGGGACGGAAGAUUGCCUGCUGCGUCCACGGUAUGCCCAGCUUCCCCUUUUGGCACAGGGCUUAUGUAGUCCAGGCCGAGCGGGCACUGCUGUCCCAACGGAAGACCGUAGGAAUGCCUUACUGGGAUUGGACGCAAACGCUCACUCACCUACCCUCUAUUGUGACUGAACCCAUCUACAUUGACAGCAAAGGUGGAAAGGCUCAAACCAAUUACUGGUACCGGGGUGAGAUUGCGUUCAUCAACAAGAAGACUGCAAGGGCAGUAGAUGAUCGGCUUUUCGAGAAGGUGGAGCCCGGUCACUACACACACCUUAUGGAGACUGUCCUCGAUGCUCUCGAACAGGACGAAUUCUGUAAAUUCGAAAUCCAGUUCGAGUUGGCUCAUAACGCUAUCCAUUACUUGGUGGGCGGGAAUUUCGAAUAUUCAAUGUCAAACUUGGAAUACACCUCCUACGACCCCAUCUUCUUCCUCCAUCACUCCAACGUUGACCGUAUCUUCGCCAUCUGGCAGCGUCUUCAGGAACUGAGGGGAAAGAAUCCCAACGCAAUGGAUUGUGCACACGAUCUCUCUCGCCAGCAACUCCAACCCUUCAACAGGGAUUCCAAUCCAGUCCAGCUCACCAAGGACCAUUCGAGACCCGUUGACCUCUUUGAUUACAAACAGCUUGGAUACAGCUACGAUAGCUUAUACCUGAAUGGAAUGUCGCCAGAAAAGUUGAAAUCAGAACUAGACGAACGCCACUCCAAAGAACGUGCAUUUGCAAGCUUCCGACUAAGUGGCUUUGGAGGUUCUGCCAACGUGGUUGUAUAUGCAUGUAUCCCUGGUGACGAUCCACGCAGCGAUGACUACUGCGAGAAAGCGGGAGACUUCUUCAUUCUGGGAGGCGCAAGCGAGAUGCCGUGGAAAUUCUACAGACCCUUCUUCUUUGAUGUAACUGAUGCGGUACAUCGCCUUGGAGUGCCGCUAAGUGGCCACUACUAUGUGAAAGCAAACCCCUUCAGCGUGAAUGGCACAUCACUUUCCCCUGAUCUUGUUCCUCAACCAACUGUUGCUUACCGACCUGGGAAAGGUCACCUUGACCCACCAGUGCAUCAUCGCCACGAUGACGACCUUAUUGUUCGGAAGAAUAUAGAUCAUUUGACUCGUGAAGAGGAAUACGCGUUGAGGAGGGCUCUGGAGAGAUUUCAGGCGGACACAUCCGUUGAUGGGUACCAGGCUACUGUGGAGUACCAUGGCCUUCCUGCUCGUUGUCCGCAACCAGAUGCAAAAGUCAGGUUCGCCUGUUGUAUGCAUGGCAUGGCCUCCUUCCCUCACUGGCACAGGUUGUUUGUUACCCAGGUAGAAGAUGCUCUUGUAAGGCGUGGGUCUCCUAUUGGUGUUCCUUACUGGGACUGGACAAAACCUAUGACUCACCUCCCAGAGUUGGCAUCAGAUGCGACCUACAUAGACCCCCAUGGACACAUACAUCAUAAUCCAUUCUACAAUGCAAAUAUAUCUUUUGCGGAGGGACACCAUCACACGAGCAGGUCAAUAGAUUCAAGAUUGUUUGCUCCAGCAGCUUAUGGGGAUCAUACACAUCUGUUUGAUGGAAUCCUGUACGCAUUUGAGCAGGAAGAUUUCUGCGACUUUGAGAUCCAGUUUGAGUUAGUCCAUAACUCAAUUCAUGCCUGGAUAGGGGGCUCCGAAGAUUACUCCAUGGCCACCCUUCAUUACACAGCUUUUGAUCCGAUUUUCUACCUUCAUCAUUCCAAUGUCGAUCGUCUAUGGGCAAUCUGGCAAGCUCUUCAAAUCAGGAGACAUAAGCCAUAUCAAGCCCACUGCGCACAGUCUGUAGAGCAGACGCCAAUGAAGCCAUUUGCCUUCUCAUCACCUCUUAACAACAACGAGAAGACACAUAGUCAUUCUAUCCCGACUGAUAUUUAUGACUAUGAGGAAGAGCUACAUUAUAGUUAUGAUGAUCUAACUUUUGGUGGGAUGAACCUUGACGAAAUUGAAGAAGCUAUACAUCUCAGACAACAGCAUGAACGAGUCUUUGCAGGAUUUUUCCUUGGUGGAAUAGGGAAAUCUGCACUUGUUGAUAUCUUCAUAAAAAAAACAGGGUCUGAACCGCACAAAGCUGGAGAUUUUGCCAUUCUUGGCGGUGCCAAGGAAAUGCCUUGGGCGUUUGACCGCGUGUAUAAGGUUGAAAUAACUGACGCUUUAAAGAUACUUUCGCUUGAAGUCGAUGGGGACUAUGAAGUCACUUUUACUAUUCAUGAUAUGCAUGGAAACGAACUUGAUACAGACCUGAUUCCACACGCAGCAGUUAUAUCUGAGCCAGCUCAUCCUUCCUUUGAGGAUGAAGCGCACAGCUUACGUAUCAGAAAAAACGUUGACAGCUUGACUCCUGAAGAAACAAAUGAGCUGCGUAAAGCCCUGGACCUUCUUCAAAAGGAUCAUUCUGCUGGUGGAUUCAAUCAGCUUGGCGCCUUCCAUGGAGAGCCUAAAUGGUGCCCUAAUCCUGAAGCCGAGCACAAGGUUGCCUGCUGUGUUCAUGGCAUGGCUGUUUUCCCACACUGGCACAGGCUUCUUGCUCUCCAAGCGGAGAAUGCUCUCAGAAAGCAUGGGUACAGUGGUGCCUUACCAUACUGGGAUUGGACCCGUCCAGUUUCCAAACUUCCUGAUCUGGUUGCUCAUGAGCAUUUUACAGAUCCUUCUGACCAUCACGAGAAACAUAAUCCGUGGUUCAAUGGCCAUAUUGAUACAGUUAAUCAUAAUACCACGAGAAGCGUACGGUCGGAUCUAUAUCAACAACCUGAAUUUGGACAUUUCACAGAUAUUGCUCAACAAGUCCUCUUAGCAUUAGAACAAGAUGAUUUCUGUUCUUUUGAAGUACAGUAUGAGAUUUCACAUAAUUUCAUCCAUGCACUUGUAGGAGGAACAGACCCAUAUGGAAUGGCAUCACUGAGAUAUACAGCAUACGAUCCACUCUUUUUCUUGCAUCAUUCAAAUACCGACAGGAUCUGGGCGAUUUGGCAGUCCCUGCAAAAAUACAGAGGCAAACCAUACAACACCGCCAACUGUGCCAUUGCAUCUAUGAGGAGACCCCUGGAGCCAUUUGGACUGAGCAGUGACAUUAACCCUGACAUAAUCACCAGGGAGCAUGCCAUACCGUUUGAUGUCUUCAACUAUAAGGAUAAUUUCCAUUACGUAUAUGAUACCUUGGAAUUUAAUGGUUUGUCAAUUUCACAACUUAAUCGAGAGCUUGAUAAAAUCAAGAGUCACGAAAGAGUAUUUGCUGGAUUCUUGUUGUCGGGAAUUAAAAAAUCUGCUCUUGUGAAAUUUGAAGUCUGUACACCACCUGAUCAUUGCCAUAAAGCAGGAGAGUUUUACCUACUCGGGGACGAAAACGAGAUGGCUUGGGCCUAUGACCAACUUUUCAAGUAUGAUAUUACUCACGUUCUGGAAGAAAACCAUCUACACUUUUAUGAUAAUAUCUUCAUUCACUACGAAGUCUUUGAUCUUAAAGGAACGAGUUUAGGAACUGACCUGUUCCAUACAGCAAAUGUGAUCCAUGAUAAAGGCACAGGCACCCGUGAACAUCAUACCUAUGUUGAAGAAGUAACUGGGGCCAGCCAUAUCAGGAAAAACUUGAAUGACCUUAACACCGGAGAAAUGGAAAGCCUUAGAGCUGCUUUCCUGCAUAUUCAGAAUGACGGAACAUAUGAAUCUAUUGCCCAGUACCAUGGCAAACCAGGCAAAUGUGAAUUGAAUCAUCGUAGUAUUGCGUGCUGCGUUCAUGGUAUGCCUACCUUCCCCCAGUGGCACAGACUGUAUGUGGCUCAGGUUGAGAAUGCUCUCCUAAACAGGGGAUCUGGUGUAGCUGUUCCUUACUGGGAGUGGACUUCUCCCAUAGAUCAUCUACCUCAUUUCAUUGAUGAUGCAACGUACUUCAAUUCCCGACAACAACGAUACGAUCCUAAUCCUUUCUUCAGGGGAAGGAUUACUUUUGAAAAUGCAGUGACAACAAGGGACCCACAGGAAGGGCUCUUCAACUCAGAUUACAUGUACGAGAAUGUUUUACUUGCACUAGAGCAGGAAAAUUAUUGUGACUUUGAAAUUCAAUUUGAGCUUGUUCAUAACGCACUUCAUUCCAUGUUGGGAGGUAAAGGACAGUACUCCAUGUCCUCCCUGGACUAUUCUGCAUUUGAUCCCGUCUUCUUCCUCCAUCAUGCCAACACGGACAGAUUAUGGGCAAUCUGGCAGGAACUACAAAGAUACAGAGAUCUUCCUUAUGAAGAAGCCAACUGUGCAAUCAACCUCAUGCAUCAACCACUGAAGCCAUUCAGCGAUCCGCAUGAGAAUCACGACAAUAUCACUUUAAAAUACUCAAAACCACAGGACGGUUUCGACUACCAGAACCACUUCGGGUACAAGUACGACAACCUUGAGUUCCAUCAUCUAUCGAUCCCAAGUCUUGAUGUUACCCUGAAGCAAAGGAAACAUCAUGAUAGGGUGUUUGCAGGCUUCCUUCUUCAUAACAUAGGAACUUCCGCUGACAUAACUAUCUACAUAUGUCUGCCUGAUGGACGUCGUGGUCAUGACUGCAGUCAUGAAGCUGGAACAUUCUAUCUCCUUGGAGGCGAAACAGAGAUGCCUUUUAUCUUUGACCGUUUGUAUAAAUUUGAAAUCACCAAACCAUUGCAGAAGCUAGGCGUCAAGCUGCAUGGUGGAGUUUUCGAACUGGAGCUUGAGAUCAGGGCAUACAAUGGUUCAUAUCUGGAUUCUCAUACCUUUGAUCCAACUAUCAUCUUUGAGCCUGGGACAGAUACCCACAUCUUGGACCACGACCAUAAGGAAGAGAUUCUUGUCAGGAAGAAUAUAAAUGAUUUGAGUCCUAGGGAGAGGGUUUCUCUUGUCAGAGCAUUGGAGGGAAUGAAGAAUGAUCGCUCUUCUGAUGGAUACCAAGCCAUCGCUUCUUUCCAUGCCCUGCCGCCACUCUGUCCUAAUCCAGCUGCAGCUCACCGUUAUGCUUGUUGUGUCCACGGUAUGGCUACAUUUCCCCAGUGGCACAGGCUGUACACUGUGCAGUUCCAGGAUGCACUGAGAAGACAUGGUUCAUUUGUGGGUGUUCCUUACUGGGACUGGACGAAGCCAGCCACCGAGUUACCCAAGCUUCUUUCUUCGCAGACAUUUCAUGAUCCAAUCCACAAUAUUAAUAUUUCAAAUCCAUUCUUCCAAGCUGAUAUAGAAUUUGAAGGAGCGGGCGUUCAUACCGAGAGGCACAUAGAUGCAGAUCUCCUGUUUCACAGUGGGGAUCAUGACGGAUACCAUAACUGGUUCUUUGAGACUGUUCUCUUUGCUUUGGAACAGGAAGAUUACUGCAAUUUUGAAAUACAGUUUGAGAUAGCCCAUAAUGGCAUUCACACAUGGAUUGGUGGAAACGCAGUAUAUGGCAUGGGACACCUUCACUAUGCUUCUUAUGAUCCAAUCUUCUACAUCCACCAUUCACAGACGGACAGAAUAUGGGCUAUUUGGCAAGAGCUGCAGAAGUACAGGGGCCUAUCUGGUUCAGAAGCAAACUGUGCCAUUGACCAUAUGAGAACACCUUUGAAGCCUUUCAGCUUUGGGCCACCUUAUAAUUUGAAUCAUCAUACGCAAGAAUUUUCAAAGCCUGAGGACACUUUUGACUAUAAGAAGUUUGGAUACAGAUAUGAUAAUCUGGAGUUGGAGGGACGGUCAAUUGCUCAUCUUGAUGAACUUAUCAAGGAAAGGCAGGAGCAAGACAGAACUUUUGCAGGGUUCCUUCUUAAAGGUUUUGGUACUUCCGCAACUGUGUCAUUCGAAAUUUGCAGAGUUGAUCACACAUGUGAAAAAGCCGGGUAUUUCACUGUUCUGGGAGGAUCCGCAGAAAUGCCAUGGGUGUUCGACAGGCUCUACAAGUACGACAUUACUAAGACUCUCCACGAUAUGCACCUGAGGCACGAGGAUACCUUCUCUGUAAAAGUAACUGUCACUUCUUACAAUGGAACAGUACUCUCGGGAGACCUCAUCCAGACACCGUCCAUCAUAUUUGUACCUGGGCGCCAUAAGCUAAAUUCACGGAAACAUGCACCUAACAAGAUCCGCCAUGAGUUAAGUAGCCUUAGUUCCCGUGACAUAGCAAGCUUGAAGGCUGCGUUGACAAGUCUUCAACAUGAUAAUGGAACUGAUGGUUAUCAAGCCAUUGCUGCAUUCCAUGGCGUCCCUGCGCAGUGCCACGAUGCAUCUGGACGUGAGAUCGCUUGUUGCAUCCAUGGUAUGGCGACAUUCCCCCACUGGCACAGGUUGUACACCCUCCAGUUGGAACAGGCCUUGAGCAGACAUGGUUCCAGUGUUGCGGUGCCUUACUGGGAUUGGACCAAGCCAAUUACUGAACUACCACACCUUUUGACAGAUGGAGAAUAUUACGAUGUUUGGCAAAAUGCCGUCAUAACCAAUCCAUUUGCAAGAGGUUAUGUGAAAUUUAAAGAUGCAUUCACAGUGAGAAAUGUCCAGGAAGGUCUGUUCAAAAUGUCAACUUUUGGAAAGCACUCACUUCUGUUUGACCAGGCUUUGUUGGCUCUUGAACAAACUGACUACUGUGACUUCGAAGUUCAGUUUGAAGUGAUGCACAACACGAUCCACUAUCUCGUUGGAGGACGUCAAACGUACGCCUUCUCCUCUCUUGAGUAUUCAUCAUACGAUCCAAUCUUCUUUAUCCAUCACUCAUUUGUUGACAAAAUAUGGGCUGUAUGGCAAGAACUGCAAAGCAGGAGACAUCUACAGUAUAAGGCAGCUGAUUGUGCUGUGGGGCUAAUGAGUAAGGCAAUGAGACCUUUCAACAAGGAUUUCAACCACAACUCAUUCACGAAGAAGCAUGCAGUUCCAAAUACAGUAUUUGACUAUGAAGAUCUUGGCUAUAACUAUGACAACCUUGAACUCAGUGGUUUGAACCUGAAUGAAAUCGAGGCGUUGAUAACAAAACGAAAGUCACAUGCUAGAGUCUUUGCUGGUUUCCUGUUGUUUGGACUAGGAACCUCGGCUGAUAUACAUUUGGACAUUUGCAAGACAUCUGAAAACUGCCAUCAUGCUGGUGUGAUCUUCAUCCUGGGAGGUUCUGCAGAGAUGCAUUGGGCAUACAACCGACUCUACAAGUAUGACAUUACAGAAGCACUGCAUGAAUUUGACAUCAACCCUGAAGAUGUUUUCCAUGCUGAUGAACCAUUUUUCCUGAAGCUGUCUGUGGUUGCUGUGAAUGGGACUGUCAUUCCAUCGUCUCUCCUUCACCAGCCAACAAUAAUUUAUGAACCAGGUGAAGGUCAUCAUGAUGACCACGAGUCGGGAAGCAUAGCAGGGUCUGGUGUCCGCAAGGAUGUGAACACCCUUACAAAGGCUGAGACUGACAACCUGAGGGAAGCACUUAAAGGUGUAAUGGACGACCAUGGUCCCAAUGGUUUUCAAGCUAUUGCUGCUUUCCAUGGAAAGCCAGCUUUGUGUCCCAUGCCUGAUGGCCACAACUAUUCAUGUUGCACUCAUGGCAUGGCUACCUUCCCACACUGGCAUCGCCUUUACACGAAGCAAAUGGAGGAUGCAUUGAAGUCUCAUGGAUCUCUCGUUGGCCUUCCCUACUGGGACUGGACUACUGCCUUUACCCAUCUGCCAACACUUGUCAUCGACACCGAAAACAAUCCUUUCAACCAUGGCCACAUUGAGUAUCUCGAUGUCGACACAACCCGUUCCCCCAGAGACAUGCUGUUCAACGACCCCGAACACGGAUCAGAGUCGUUCUUCUACAGACAAGUCCUCCUGGCCCUGGAGCAAACUGAUUUCUGCCAAUUCGAGGUUCAGUAUGAGAUAACCCACAAUGCUAUCCAUUCGUGGACAGGUGGUCACAGUCCUUAUGGAAUGUCCACUCUCGACUUCACAGCCUACGAUCCACUGUUCUGGCUUCAUCACUCCAACACUGACAGAAUCUGGGCUAUCUGGCAAGCUUUGCAAGAAUACAGAGGACUCCCAUACAACCAUGCCAAUUGUGAGAUCCAGGCAAUGAAAACGCCCCUGAGACCUUUCAGUGACGAGAUCAACCACAAUCCAGUCACUAAGGCUAACUCAAAGCCAGUAGAUGUGUUCGAGUAUAAUCGAUUAAGCUUCCAGUACGACAACCUCAUUUUCCAUGGGUAUAAUAUUCCGGACCUUGAUCACAUGCUUGAAGAAAGGAAGCAGGAAGACAGAAUAUUUGCCGCCUUCCUUCUCAGUGGAAUCAAGCAUAGUGCUGAUGUAGUUUUCGAUAUAUGCCAACCAGGUCACGAAUGUGUGUUCGCAGGCACUUUUGCGAUUUUGGGAGGAGAGCUCGAAAUGCCCUGGUCCUUUGACAGACUGUUCCGCUAUGACAUCACCAAAGUCAUGAAGCAGCUGCACCUGAGACACGAUUCGGACUUCACGUUUAGGGUGAAGAUUGUCGGCAUUGACGACCACGAGCUUCCCUCUGACAGUUUCAAAGCACCAACUAUUGAAUUUGAACCAGGGGUACACGACGGAGGGAAACACGACGAUGGACACCAUGACGACAGACACUCAGAUGUCCUGAUCAGGAAAGAAGUUGACUUUCUCUCCCUGCAGGAGGCCAAUGCCAUUAAGGAUGCACUGUACAAGCUCCAGAAUGACAACGGUAAAGGAGGCUUUGAGGCCAUAGCUGGCUAUCACGGGUAUCCUAAUAUGUGCCCAGAACAUGGUACCGACAAGUAUCCCUGCUGCGUGCAUGGAAUGCCUGUGUUCCCUCACUGGCAUCGCCUGCAUACCAUUCAGAUGGAGAGAGCUCUUAAAAACCAUGGUUCGCCGAUGGGCAUUCCUUACUGGGAUUGGACAAAGAAGAUGUCGAGUCUUCCAGCAUUCUUUACAGAUGCCGGUAAUGGCAACCCCUUCUACAAAUAUUAUAUAAGGGGUGUGCAGCAUGAAACAACCAGGGAAAUUAAUCCUAUAAUCUUUAAUCAGACCAAGUUUGGUGAACAUGAUUACCUAUACUACCUGAGUCUGCAAGUCCUGGAAGAAAACUCAUACUGUGACUUUGAGGUUCAGUAUGAGAUCCUUCACAACGCCAUCCAUGCCUGGCUCGGAGGACGUGGAAGGUAUUCCAUGUCUACCCUUGAGUAUUCAGCGUUUGACCCUGUCUUCAUGAUUCAUCACUCUAGUUUGGAUAGAAUCUGGAUCCUUUGGCAGAAGUUGCAAAAGAGAAGAAUGAAGCCUUACUACGCAAUAGACUGUGCUGGAGAUAGACUAAUGAAGGCCCCCCUGCAUCCCUUCAACUACGAAACCGUCAAUGAAGAUGAGUUCACUCGAACCAACUCUUACCCAAACAUAGUGUUUGACCACUACAGGUUCAACUAUGAAUACGAUAACUUGAGAGUCAGAGGUCAUGACAUACCUGAGCUUGAAGAGGUACUUAAGGAAUUACGAAACAAAGAUCGCAUAUUUGCUGGUUUUGUUUUGUCGGGCUUACAGAUAUCAGCUACAGUGAAAGUAUUCAUUCAUUCGAAAAACGAAACAAUUCACGAAGAAUAUGCAGGAGAAUUUGCAGUUUUGGGAGGUGAGAAGGAGAUGCCAUGGGCAUAUGAAAGAAUGCUAAAAUUGGACAUCACCGAUGCUGUGAAUAAGCUUCACCUGAAAGAUGAAGACAUACGUUUUAGAAUGGACGUUACUGCCUACAACGGUGACAUUGUUACUACCCAGCUGUCUCAGCCAUUCAUCGUCCACCGUCCAGCUCAUGUGUCCCACGACAUCUUAGUAAUCCCAGUAGGUGCCGGCCAUGCCCUGCCCCCUAAGGUGGUAGUGAAGGGUGGCACCAAAAUUGAGUUUACACCAAUAGAUUCGUCGGUGGACAGGUCGAUGGUAGAGCUGGGCAGCUUUACUGCUUUGGCUAAAUGCAUCGUUCCUCCUUUCACAUACCACGGCUUUGAACUGAACAAAGUGUACAGCGUCCAUCACGGGGACUACUACAUCACUGCGGGCACUAAGGAGUUGUGUAAGCAGAACCUGAGGCUCAACAUCCACGUGGAACACGAUGUUGCUCUGGCAGUGUGGACUGUGUCUCAGGGGUCAGCAUCAUCGCCAGAAACUACUGGAUUGAUCAUGUGGACGGUCGUGGCGUUGUUAAUGAUCCCCCUUCUCUUUGGGGGGACCCUGUCUUCAGUUGACACCGUUAUCAGAAAGAAUGUGGACAACUUGACCACAGAUGAGCUCCUGGCCCUGGAGGAAGCAAUGCAUGACAUCCAGCAGGAUGAGGGUGCCAUGGGAUACCAGGCCAUUGCCGCUUAUCACGGAGCGCCGGCAGGAUGUGUUGACGGUCACGGCCGCAAGGUGGCGUGUUGUCUCCACGGCAUGCCCUCGUUUCCGUUGUGGCAUCGUCUGUACGUUGUGCAGUUGGAGCGUGCUAUGAUGAGGCACAAGUCCACUGUGAGCAUCCCGUACUGGGACUGGACACAGCCUCUAACUCACCUCCCAGAUCUGGUGUCAGAUCCUUUGUUUGUGGACCCGGAAGGAGGAAAGGCCCAUGACAACGCAUGGUAUCGCGGAAAUAUCAAGUUUGAGCAUCAGAAGACUGCAAGAGCUGUUGAUGACCGCCUGUUCGAGAAGGUUGGACCAGGAGAGCAUACCCGACUCUUUGAGGGAAUUCUCGAUGCACUUGAACAGGACGAAUUCUGCAAGUUUGAGAUCCAGUUUGAACUGGCACAUAAUGCCAUCCACUACCUGGUUGGCGGUCGACACACGUACUCCAUGUCUCAUCUCGAGUACACCUCCUACGACCCCCUCUUCUUCCUCCACCACUCCAACACCGACCGCAUCUUCGCCAUCUGGCAGCGUCUUCAGCAGCUCAGAGGAAAGGACCCCAACUCCGCCAACUGUGCACACAACCUCAUCCACCAGCCAAUGGAACCGUUCCAACGGGACACGAACCCUCUUGACCUUACCAGGGAAAACUCCAAACCAAUUGACACCUUUGAUUACUCCCACCUAGGCUACCAGUAUGAUGACUUGACCUUGAACGGUAUGACACCUGAGGAAUUGAACUCAUACCUGCAUGAAAGGUCAGGCAAGGAGAGGGUCUUCGCAAGCUUCCGACUCUCAGGUUUCGGCGGCUCUGCCAACGUGGUUGUCUACGCCUGCCGCCCCGCUCACGACGAAAUAGCUGUGGAUCAGUGCAUCAAAGCCGGGGAUUUCUUUGUAUUGGGCGGCCCCACCGAGAUGCCUUGGAUGUUUUACAGAGCGUUCCACUACGACGUCACUGACAGCAUCGCCGAGAUCGACACCGACAGCCACCGUCACUAUUAUGUAAAGGCGGAAUUAUUUAGUGUAAAUGGAAGUGCUCUCCCAAAUGAUCUCCUGCCUCAACCCACUAUCGCACAUAGGCCAGCCCGUGGACACGUUGAUGAGCCCCCACCCCAUUCUUCCAACGCCCACCUCGCCGUCAGGAAGGACAUCAACCAUCUGACACGUGAGGAAGUGUACGAGCUGCGCCGAGCUAUGGAGAGAUUCCAGAACGACAAGUCUGUUGAUGGUUACCAGGCUACGGUUGAGUAUCAUGGUUUACCUGCUCGAUGUCCAUUCCCCGAGGCCACAAAUAGAAUCGCCUGUUGCAUCCACGGCAUGGCAACAUUCCCCCACUGGCACAGGCUGUUCGUUACCCAAGUGGAAGAUGCAUUGAUCAGACGGGGAUCUCCUAUUGGUGUCCCCUACUGGGACUGGACGCAGCCUAUGGCUCAUCUCCCAGGACUUGCUGACAACGACACGUAUGAAGAUCCCAUCAACGGAGAAAGCAGGCACAACCCUUUCCACGAUGCUGACGUUGCCUUUGAAAAUGGGCGCACAGAGCGUCACCCCGAUGCAAGAUUGUUUGAACAACCCCGAUUUGGCAAACAUACGCGUCUUUUCGACAGUAUGGUCUAUGCUUUUGAGCAGGAUGACUUCUGUGAUUUUGAAGUUCAAUUUGAGUUGACCCAUAAUAAUAUCCACGCCUGGAUUGGUGGAGGCGAAAAGUAUUCCAUGUCUUCUCUACACUACACAGCCUUCGACCCCAUCUUCUACCUGCAUCACUCCAACACUGACCGUCUCUGGGCAAUUUGGCAAGCCUUGCAGAUUAGACGAAACAGACCUUAUAAGGCACAUUGUGCUUGGUCUGACGAACGUCAGCCUCUGAAACCGUUCGCUUUCAGUUCCCCACUAAACAACAACGACAAAACCUACAAAAACUCAGUUCCCACCAACGUAUACGAUUACGAAGGAGUUCUUGGCUAUACUUACGAUGACCUCAACUUCGGUGGCAUGGACUUGGGUGAGCUUGAGGAAUACAUCGAUAGGCAGAGACAGAGAGACCGGACCUUUGCUGGCUUCUUUCUGUCGCAUAUUGGUACAUCAGCGAAUGUUGAAAUCUUUAUAGACCAGGGAACGGACCAUACCCUCGUCGGCACUUUUGCUGUCCUUGGCGGAGAGAAGGAGAUGAAAUGGGGAUUUGAUCGUAUGUACAAAUAUGAGAUUACAGAUGAACUGAAGCAGCUUAAUCUCCAUGCUAAUGACGGUUUUAGCAUCACUGUGAAAGUAACUGAUGUUGAUGGUACUCUGCUGUCCUCUGAACUCAUCCCAUCUGCAGCUAUCAUCUUCGAACGAGGCCAUAUUGAUCAUCAUGAUCAUCAUCAUGACACAAUCAUCAGGAAAAAUGUUGAUCAUCUUACACCCGAGGAAGUUAAUUCUCUCAGGAGGGCAAUGGAAGACCUGCAAUCAGACAAAACUGCUGGUGGAUUCCAGCAGAUUGCUGCUUUUCAUGGGGAGCCCAAAUGGUGCCCAAGUCCCGAUGCUGAGAAGAAGUUCUCCUGCUGUGUUCAUGGAAUGGCUGUCUUCCCCCACUGGCACAGACUCCUCACUGUGCAAGGCGAGAAUGCCCUGAGAAAGCAUGGAUAUUUCGGAGCUCUUCCCUACUGGGACUGGACUAGGCCCCUGUCUCACCUCCCUGACUUGGUUAGUCAGCCGAACUACACAGAUGCCACCUCCAACCAGGACACCCGAAACCCCUGGUUCAGCGGCCAUAUUGAUUCAGUUGGUGCUGACACAACAAGACGCGUACGUGACGAACUGUACGAAGCUCCUGGAUUCGGUCAUUACACUGGGGUCGCUAAGCAAGUCCUUCUGGCUUUGGAGCAGGACGACUUCUGCGAUUUUGAAAUCCAGUAUGAGAUAGCUCACAAUUUCAUCCACGCUCUUGUCGGCGGAAGCGAACCAUAUGGUAUGGCAUCACUCCGUUACACAACUUAUGAUCCAAUUUUCUACCUCCAUCACUCUAACACUGACAGACUCUGGGCUAUCUGGCAAGCUCUACAAAAGUACCGAGGAAAACCUUACAAUUCCGCCAACUGCGCCAUUGCUUCCAUGAGGAAACCCCUACAACCAUUUGGCCUUACUGAUGAGAUCAACCCGGAUGAGGAGACGAGACAGCAUGCUGUUCCUUUCAGUGUCUUUGAUUACAAGAACAACUUCAAGUAUGAAUAUGAUACCCUUGACUUCAAUGGACUCUCAAUUUCCCAGCUGGACCGUGAACUGUCACGGAGAAAGUCUCAUUGCAGAACAUUUGCUGGAUUUCUGCUGCACGGUAUUCAGCAGUCUGCACUGGUUAAGUUCUUUGUCUGCAAAUCAGAUGAUGACUGUGACCACUAUGCUGGUGAGUUCUACAUCCUUGGUGAUGAAGCUGAAAUGCCUUGGGGCUAUGAUCGUCUUUACAAAUAUGAGAUAACUGAGCAGCUCACGGCUCUGGAUCUUCACAUCGGAGACAGAUUCUUCAUCAGAUACGAAGCGUUUGACCUUCAUGGUACAAGCCUUGGAAGCAACAUCUUCCCCAAACCAUCUGUCAUACAUGAAGAAGGGGCAGGUCACCAUCAGGCUGACGAGUACGAUGAGGUUGUAACUGCUGCAAGUCACAUCAGAAAAAAUCUAAAAGAUCUGUCUGAGGGAGAAGUUGAGAGCCUGAGGUCUGCCUUCCUGCAACUUCAGAACGACGGUGUCUAUGAGAAUAUUGCUAAGUUCCACGGCAAGCCUGGGUUGUGUGAUGACAACGGUCACAAAGUUGCCUGCUGUGUGCAUGGCAUGCCCACAUUUCCUCAGUGGCAUAGACUCUAUGUCCUCCAGGUUGAGAAUGCUUUGCUGGAGAGAGGAUCUGCCGUCUCUGUGCCAUAUUGGGACUGGACAGAAUCAUUUGAGGAGCUCCCAUCUUUGAUUGCUGAUGCUACCUAUUUCAAUUCCCGUCAACAAUCUUUCGACCCUAAUCCAUUCUUCAGAGGUAAAAUCAGUUUUGAGAAUGCUGUUACAACACGCGAUCCCCAGCCUGAGCUGUACAAUAGCAGAUACUAUUAUGAAAACGUCAUGUUGGCUUUUGAACAGGACAACUAUUGCGACUUUGAGAUACAGUUUGAGAUGGUUCACAAUGUUCUCCAUGCUUGGCUUGGUGGAAGAGCUACUUAUUCUAUUUCUUCUCUUGAUUAUUCCGCGUUCGACCCUGUGUUUUUCCUCCAUCAUGCAACCACAGAUAGAUUGUGGGCAAUCUGGCAGGAGUUGCAGAGAUACAGAAAGAAGCCAUACAAUGAAGCUGAUUGUGCCAUUAACCUGAUGCGCAAACCUCUGCAUCCCUUCGACAACCCUGAGCUAAAUCAUGAUCCUGUAACCUUUAAAUACUCAAGACCAGCUGAUGGAUUUGACUAUCAGAACCAUUUUGGAUACAAGUAUGACAACCUUGAGUUCAAUCACUUCAGUAUUCCCAGGCUUGAGGAAAUUAUUCGCAUACGACAACGUCAAGACCGUGUGUUUGCAGCAUUCCUCCUUCACAACAUUGGGACAUCUGCAACUGUCGAGAUUUUUGUAUGUGUGCCAACCAGCAACGGUGAGCAAAACUGUGAAAACAAAGCCGGAACAUUUGCUGUACUUGGGGGAGAAACAGAGAUGGCAUUCCAUUUUGACAGACUCUACAAGUUUGACAUUAGUGAAACUCUUAGAGACCUUGGCAUACAACUGGACAGCCACGACUUCGACCUCAGCAUCAAGAUCCAAGGAGUAAAUGGAUCUUACCUUGAUCCACACAUCCUUCCAGAGCCAUCCUUGAUUUUUGUGCCCGGUUCCAGUUCUUUCCUGCGUGCUGAUGGCCAUACAGAAGACAUUCUUGUCAGAAAAGAAGUGAACAGUCUGACAACCAGGGAGACUGCAUCUCUGAUCCAUGCUCUACGAAGUAUGCAGGAAGAUCACUCACCUGAUGGGUUCCAGGCCAUUGCUUCGUUCCAUGCUCUGCCACCACUCUGCCCUUCACCAUCUGCAGCUGACCGUUAUGCGUGUUGUGUCCACGGUAUGGCUACAUUUCCCCAGUGGCACAGGCUGUACACUGUGCAGUUUCAGGAUGCACUGAGAAGACAUGGAGCUAAGACAGGUGUACCUUACUGGGAUUGGCUGCGUCCACAGUCUCACCUACCAGAGCUUGUCACCAUGGAGACAUACCAUGAUAUUUGGAGUAAUAGAGAUUUUCCAAAUCCUUUCUUCCGAGCCAAUAUUGAGUUUGAAGGAGAAGGCAUUACAACACAGAGAGAAGUCACUGCAGACAAGCUUUUUGUCAAGGGAGGGCACGUUUUUGAUAACUGGUUCUUUAAACAAGCCAUCCUAGCGCUAGAGCAGGAAAACUACUGUGACUUUGAAAUUCAGUUUGAGAUUCUUCACAAUGGUGUUCACACGUGGGUUGGAGGCAGUCAUACCCACUCUCUGGGACAUCUCCAUUACGCAUCCUAUGACCCUCUCUUCUACCUCCAUCACUCCCAGACAGACCGUAUUUGGGCAAUCUGGCAAGAACUCCAGGAACAGAGAGGGCUCUCGGGAGAUGAGGCGCACUGUGCUCUCGAGCAGAUGAGAGAACCAUUGAAGCCUUUCAGCUUCGGCGCUCCUUAUAACUUGAAUCAGCUAACACAUGAUUUCUCCCGGCCAGAGGAUACCUUCGACUAUAAGAAGUUUGGUUAUGAAUAUGACAGCUUAGAAUUUCUGGGAAUGUCAAUUGCUGAGCUGGAUCAAUACAUUAUUGAACAUCAAGAACAUGAUAGAGUCUUCGCUGGGUUCCUGUUGAGUGGAUUUGGAGGUUCUGCAUCGGUUAAUUUCCAGGUUUGUAGACCUGAUUCCACAUGUCAGGAUGCUGGUUACUUCACCGUACUUGGAGGCAGUGCUGAGAUGGCGUGGGCAUUUGACCGGCUGUACAAAUAUGACAUUACUGAUACUCUGGAGAAGAUGCACCUUCGAUAUGAUGAUCCUUUCACAAUCUCUGUCUCUCUGACCGCCAACAAUGGGACUGCCCUGAGCAGCAGUCUAAUCCCAACACCAAGUGUUAUUUUCCAACGUGGACAUCGUGACAUAAAUACCCGGAGCAUGCCACCUAACCGUGUUCGCCAUGAUUUGAGUCAUCUGUCUGCGAGGGAUCUGUCUAGUCUGAAAUCGGCCCUGAGAGACCUACAAGAGGACGAUGGUCCGAAUGGAUACCAGGCUCUUGCAGCCUUCCACGGUCUACCGGCUGGCUGUCAUGACAGUCAAGGACAUGAGAUUGCCUGCUGUAUUCACGGAAUGCCGACCUUCCCCCAGUGGCACAGACUGUACACCCUACAGAUGGAGCAGGCUCUCAGGAAGCAUGGGUCAUCUGUCGCUAUCCCCUACUGGGACUGGACAAAGCCUAUCUCCGAACUACCCGAUCUCUUCACCAGCCCGGAAUAUUAUGAUCCAUGGCAUGAUGCUGUUGUAAACAACCCAUUCUCCAAAGGUUUUGUCAAAUUUGCAAACACCUACACUGUCCGAGACACACAGGACAUGCUGUUCCACCUUGCUGAAACUGGAGAAUCAGUUCUCUUUGAGCAAACUCUUCUUGUUCUGGAGCAAACCGACUACUGCGAUUUUGAAGUACAAUUUGAGGUACUCCAUAACGUGAUCCACUACCUCGUUGGUGGACGUCAGACCUACGCGUUGUCUUCUCUGCACUAUGCAUCCUAUGACCCACUCUUCUUUAUACACCAUUCCUUUGUGGAUAAGAUCUGGGUAGUAUGGCAAGCUCUUCAAAAGAGGAGGAAACUUCAAUACAAGCGAGCAGACUGUGCAGUUAACCUCAUGACCAAACCAAUGAGGCCAUUUGACUCUGAUAUGAAUCAUAACCCAUUUACCAAGAUACAUGCAGUUCCCAACACACUCUAUGACUAUGAGAGACUAUACUACAGCUAUGAUAACCUCGAACUAGGUGGCAGGACCCUCGACCAGCUGCAGGCUGAAAUUGACAGAAGGAGAAGCCACGAUCGUGUUUUUGCUGGUUUCUUGCUUCGUGGAAUCGGAACUUCUGCUGAUGUCAGGUUCUGGAUCUGUAGAAAUGAAAAUGACUGCCACAGGGCUGGAAUAAUCUUCAUCUUGGGUGGAGCCAAGGAAAUGCCAUGGUCAUUUGACAGAAACUUCAAGUUUGAUAUCACCCAAGUACUCGAGAAAGCUAACAUCCAUCCAGAGGAUGUGUUUGAUGCUGAGGAACCAUUCUAUAUCAAGGUUGAAAUCCAUGCUGUCAACAAGACCAUGAUACCGUCAUCUGUGAUCCCAGCCCCAACUAUCAUCUAUUCUCCUGGGGAAGGUCACGCUGCUGACAGCGCACACUCUGCUGACAUCGCUGGGUCUGGAGUCAGGAAGGAUGUCACGACACUCACUGUAUCUGAGACUGAGAACCUGAGACACGCUCUUCAAGGUGUCAUCGAUGACACUGGUCCCAAUGGUUACCAAGCAAUAGCAUCUUUCCACGGAAGUCCUCCAAUGUGCGAGAUGAACGGCCACAAGGUUGCGUGUUGCGCUCACGGUAUGGCCUCCUUCCCUCACUGGCACAGACUGUUCGUGAAACAGAUGGAAGAUGCUCUGGCUGCCCAUGGAUCACACAUCGGUAUCCCAUACUGGGACUGGACAACUGCCUUCACAGAGCUACCCGCCCUGGUCACAGACUCAGAAAAUAAUCCCUUCCAUCAUGGUCACAUUGAUCAUCUCGGAGUAACAACGUCCCGAUCCCCUAGAGACAUGCUGUUCAACGACCCAGAGCAGGGAUCAGAGUCGUUCUUCUACAGGCAAGUCCUCCUGGCUCUGGAACAGACUGACUACUGCCAGUUCGAAGUCCAGUUUGAGCUGACCCACAACGCUAUUCACUCCUGGACAGGUGGACGAAGCCCUUAUGGAAUGUCUACCCUCGAGUUCACUGCCUACGAUCCUCUCUUCUGGCUUCACCACUCCAACACCGACAGAAUCUGGGCUGUCUGGCAAGCACUGCAGAAGUACAGAGGUCUCCCAUACAACGAAGCACACUGUGAAAUCCAGGUCCUAAAACAACCUUUGGUACCGUUCAGCGAUGAAAUCAACCACAAUCCAAUCACUAAGGCUAAUGCCAGGGCUGUCGAUUCAUUUGAUUAUGAGAGGUUCAACUAUCAGUAUGACACUCUUAGUUUCCAUGGUAAAAGCAUCCCUGAACUGCAUGACCUACUUGAGGAAAGGAAAAGAGAAGAGAGAACAUUUGCUGCCUUCCUUUUACGUGGAAUCCGCUGCAGUGCUGAUGUCGUCUUUGACAUCUGCCGACCCAAUGGUGACUGUGUCUUUGCAGGAACCUUUGCAGUCCUGGGAGGGGAACUGGAAAUGCCCUGGUCCUUCGACAGACUAUUCCGCUAUGACAUCACUAAAGUCAUGAAACAGCUCCAUCUCCAAUAUGAUUCAGAUUUCACGUUUAAGGUGAAGCUUGUUGCCACCAAUGGCACUGAGCUCUCGUCAGACCUGCUAAAGUCACCAACAAUUGAACAUGAUCUUGGAGCCCAUAGAGGACCAGUUGAAGAAACAGAAAUCACUCACUCACAUACUGACGGUCACGCACACUACCAUCGUAAGGAGGUUGAUUCUCUUUCCCUUGAUGAGGCAAACAACUUGAAGAAUGCUCUUUACAAGCUACAAAACGAUCACAGUCUAACGGGAUAUGAAGCAAUCUCUGGUUACCACGGAUACCCAAAUCUGUGUCCUGCAGAAGGAGAUGACAAAUACCCCUGCUGUGUCCACGGCAUGGCCAUCUUCCCCCACUGGCACAGACUCCUGACGAUCCAACUGGAGAGAGCUCUCAAGAGCAAUGGUGCACUGCUUGGUGUUCCUUACUGGGACUGGACCAAGGACCUGUCCUCACUGCCAUCAUUCUUCUCCGACUCUAGCAACAACAAUCCCUUCUACAAGUACCACAUUGCAGGUGUUGGUCAUGACACCGUAAGAGAGCCAAAUGAUCUUAUAUAUAACCAGCCAAAGAUCCAUGGCUAUGAUUACCUCUAUUACCUAGCGUUGACAACACUUGAAGAAGACAACUACUGUGACUUUGAGGUUCAGUACGAGAUUCUCCACAACGCUGUCCACUCUUGGCUAGGAGGAUCCCAGAAGUAUUCCAUGUCUACUCUGGAAUACUCUGCCUUUGACCCUGUCUUCAUGAUCCUUCACUCGGGUCUAGACAGACUUUGGAUCAUUUGGCAAGAACUUCAGAAGAUCAGGAGAAAGCCAUACAACUUCGCUACAUGUGCCUAUCACAUGAUGGAAGAACCACUGGCACCUUUCAGCUACCCAUCUGUCAACCAGGACGACUUCACCCGUGCCAACUCCAAGCCUUCUACAGUUUUUGACAGCCAUAAAUUCGGCUACCAUUACGACAACCUGAAUGUUCGAGGUCACAACAUUCAAGAACUCAAUACCAUCAUCAAUGACUUGAGAAACACAGACAGAAUCUACGCAGGAUUUGUUCUGGCCGGCAUCGGGACGUCUGCUAGUGUCAAGAUCUAUCUCCGAACCCAUGACAAUGACGAAAAGGUUGGAACUUUCACUGUCCUGGGAGGAGAAAGAGAGAUGCCAUGGGCCUAUGAGAGAGUUUUCAAGUACGACAUCACAGAGGUUGCAGACAGACUUAAAUUAGGUUAUGGGGACACCUUUAAUUUCCGACUGGAGAUCACAUCCUACGACGGAACGGUGGUAAACAAGAGUCUACCCAAUCCUUUCAUCAUCUACAGACCUGCUCAUCAUGACUACGAUGUUCUUAUUAUCCCAGUAGGAAGUAACCUUCACAUCCCUCCCAAGGUCGUCGUCAAAAGAGGCACACGCAUCGAGUUCCAUCCAGUCGAUGAAUCAGUCACCAGACCAGUUGUGGAUCUUGGAAGCUACACUGCUCUCUUCAACUGUGUGGUACCACCAUUCACAUAUCACGGAUUCGAACUGAACCACGUUUAUUCUGUCAAGCCUGGUGACUACUAUGUAACUGGACCCACGAGGGACCUUUGCCGCAAUGCAGAUGUCAGGAUUCAUAUCCAUGUUGAGGAUGAGUAAAGAAACAGGGUUCCUCGUCUCCACGUAUUCACAUAUCAGCACCAAACGGUUUCGAAGGACAUUGAGGUCCUUCUCUGGCAAUGCAUUUCAAUUCAACAUCGAAAACGACUUCGGCAUUUCAGCGAGCUUCGAACGUGUUGGGGAAGUACUGAAAUGUGAUAAUGACUGAAUUAUUGUACAUACAUAACUUAUUGUAUAGUGAUGUUCAAUAAAUAAAUGUUGAAACAAAAA